AUGUUUAUUGCAGUUGCCGAAAAGAAGCGUGGCCUGAGUCGAACAAAUGAUCUCGAAGAUAGUGAAAUGACCUUCGAUUUGGAGAUAACAGCGGCGGACAAGUUCACGAUGCACUUCCCAGGAAAACAAGAAUUUGAUCCGAAGGGGACUGUUUGUGGUCCAGAGUCAAGUCAAAGCGUCAAUCCUAAAACAUGGACCAUCACGAACCCGGAGUUCCAGAGACAACAUCUUCUCGUUUUCAGCCUGCUUUCACGGAAUGCAACUCGUAUAUUCAAUGAGGAAGGGAUUACGUCUGGAAAACCGUCCGUGCCUUACUGUGAGCUCUUCGUUCAAUUUAACAGACAAGACUACGAGCUGCUUUAUGUUAACCCUCAGCCAGCGACAAUAACUACUACCACCACAAAAGUCACUUCAACAGAAACAACUCCUGAGACUUCAACAUGUGCUCCUUGUCCAACAUCGACAGCUCUAAUGACUACAACAACUGUGCUCAAAAAUAUCUCAUCACCAGCGGUUAAGUGUCCAGCGGAAGGCAAAUGCCCGCAAAAAUCCUGUGGAUGGCCAAACGUGCUUUAUGUGAUUUUGAGUGUCGUGGGUGUAAUCAUCAUUGGAAUUCUGGGAUGGUUCACAUGGAACUGGGUGGAGGUGAAUUCUGAGAAAAGGGCGGCGCGUGCAGCCAAACGUGCAAAAGACAGAGAAUGGUAUGCUGAUUACCAAGCUGAGGCAAAACUCAAAGGCAAUGAGAACAUGAAGCCGUUUGAAAUAUGGAAAGAUGAUCAAAAACUGGACCAUACUAAGAAAUUUCUGGAUCGUCAUCCGAUUGACCAAUUGAGCGCCGCAAUGUGGAGGAAAGCGGAGAAGGAAAAAGACGACAAAAGCAAGAUGCAAUUCAUUGUAGACCAGAUUGUGCGGUUUAAGGACAAAGAGCUCUACGAUAGCGAAUACUAUCCGGAACUGACUGAAAAGGGAUAUGAAAAUGUUGGGGAGUUCGAGGAGUGGAAGAAGAAAAAGUAUAUCAAUACUUUCGCUGUGGUCGAAACUGAAAUUGAAUAUGAGAAGCCAGACAAUGUCGGGAAGGAAUUGCUUCCAGGAGCCAGCAGUGAGGAUAAGAAAAAAGCUCGACGUUAGGGAUAUCCUGUGCCCGGAAGUUCUGAGGGUGAAGCUCGAGAUAUAAAGAUGAAAUAGUCUAUAGAUUGCUCCUUUGUUCCCAUUCCCUAUACCCAUAUAUUCUUUCUAUCGUAUGCAAUGUAUCGUAUUUCUAUCGUAUGUAUUUUGUCGUUUGUAUUGUAUUUGUUUGUAAUAAAUUUUUGUUUCGAAUUGUUACCAUAUAUUUUAGUAUAAACUUCACUCGAUAGAUACCUUUUGUAAAAAAUAAACGUAGGUAGUUGUAGAUUUGUUCCCAAGAUGUGGUUCAAAUUUGUUCCC